UCAAUUAGUUUGGUUCAAUCAUAAUGUCACAAUUUGUUGAAGACGUUAGAAACCCAAAAGAAGUUAUCGAUGUGGGGGAAAAGUUGGAUAAGGCUUCAAUGUCUUUAGAUGCUGAGGUCGACGAUUUUCUUGCAAAGUUCAUUGAUAUCAGUGAAGAUGUAAAACAUAAUGAUAAAAAGGAUAAAAUCAUGCCCUUGGGUGAAGGGUUGAGAACAUUCCCCAAGGCAGCAAUGUGGUCUAUUGUUUUAUCAACUGCUUUGGUUAUGGAAGGGUAUGACACAAAUUUAUUGAACAGUAUGUACGCGAUGCCUGCUUUCCAAAAGAGAUAUGGGAAGGCAGUCGACCCUAACGACCCAGAUGGGGCACACCAGAUUCCUAGUAACAUCCAGACUACUUUGUCCAUGUGUGUUAAUGUUGGUGAAAUUUUGGGAUUAGCAGUGGCUGGGGUUGUAGCUGACAGGAUUGGUUACAGAUGGACUUUGAUCAUUGCUUUGAUGUUUACUACUGGGUUUAUUUUCAUCGUCUUCUUUGCUCAAAAUGUAGGAAUGUUAAUUGCUGGUGAAUUGUUACUUGGUAUUCCUUGGGGUGCUUUCCAGACGUUGACGGUUUCUUAUGCUUCUGAAGUGUGUCCUACUGUGUUGAGAAUUUAUUUGACAACUUAUGUCAAUGUUUGUUGGGUGUUUGGUCAAUUGAUCAGUUCAGGAGUUUUGAAAGCUUUGGUUGAAAAUGAUACAAAUAUGGCCUACAGAAUACCUUUCGGGGUUCAGUGGGUUUGGCCUCUUCCCAUCAUGCUUGGAAUCUUUUUAGCUCCUGAGUCUCCCUGGUGGCUUGUUAGAAAGGGAAAAUUUCACGAGGCCAGGGUUUCAAUUGGCCGGUUGUUAUCUGAAAACAAGUAUGUGACCAAUAAACAGAUGUUGACAGAUGCCAUGAUCAACAAAAUGCAGUUGACCAUCACUGAAGAAAGAUUGAAAACCAAUUCGGAAUCUUCUUUCAUUGAUUGUUUCAAAGGAAAAGAUUUAAGAAGAACCAGAAUAGGAGCCAUUACUUGGGUCGUUCAAAAUAUUACUGGUUCGGCCUUAAUGGGAUAUUCAACUUACUUUUAUGAACAAGCAGGUCUUUCAACUUCUAUGGCUUUUACCUUCUCUAUCAUUCAAUAUUGCUUGGGUAUUAUUGGUACUUUCGGAUCAUGGUUUGUAUCACAAAAGCUGGGAAGAUUUGACUCUUAUUUUGGAGGCUUGAUCGUAAAUGCUGUAAUUUUGUUAAUUGUUGGUGGGUUAGGUUGUUCUAGUAACGCAAAUGCCUCUUGGGGUAUUGGAUCGUUACUUUUGAUCUAUACUUUUGUGUAUGAUCUUACUAUUGGCCCUAUUUGCUAUUGUUUGGUGGCUGAAAUACCCUCUACCAAAUUAAGAACCAAGUCCAUUAUUAUCUCGAGAAACCUGUAUAAUAUUGCUGGUAUUAUUGUGGCUGUCAUCACUCCUUAUAUGUUAAAUCCAACCGCUUGGAACUGGGGAGCAAAGACCGGAUUCUUCUGGGCUGGAUUCUGUAUUGCAUCUGCAAUUUGGUGCUGGUUUGAUUUACCAGAAACCAAGGGUAAAACUUUUGCUGAGUUGGACUUGUUGUUCAAUGAAGGAGUUCCAGCAAGAAAGUUUAAGACCACCGAAGUUGAUGUGUUCAAUGCAGACCAACUUAUUGGGGAAAUGGGUAAGGAUGGUGUUAAACAUAUCGUCAUAGCUACAGAAGGGGCAGGCCCUACCGUUUAGUUCGCUUAUCUUUUAAAUUGUAUAUGUCUAAUAAUCGACAAGUGGUAUGAAUAUAACUCUGUAAGUAUACUGAAUUCAAGCCCAUACUAUUUUACUCUACCUUCCCAAGGAGUUAUUCCGAGUCCGGAAGACUAAAAAUCAGUCUGAGAGCUGAAAACGCACCCACAAAAAGGUCUUCAAACUUGAAGGGGCUGUUGAAGUUCAAUACCACAUAUGUUUACCAAGAUCACACGAUUCUAACAAACUGUGAACCAUCAGUAAAAUCAUCCGUAUUUUCCAAGAUUACAGGAGGAUACUUGUCUUUGCAGUUUCCUAUAUCGUGGCCCAGCCCUUCCUGAGGAGAAAAACAUGGAUCGGAGCCAAAGUACGUCAAUUUCUAGGGUAUUCAAGCAAUCUAGAGCAACAUAAGUACGAGAGUAUGACCUAGUCCAUUUGCAUCCGAAUAUGAAAAACAGGCCAGAAGUCAUACUCAUUUGUGUGCUUCUACUAGACAAAACCUUUAGCCAUGAAAGACUACUCU